UCAGAAGAAAAGUAUGAUACUCUUUGUUCACACAGAGGGUCUAUAUAUCAUCAUUGACCUACACAGAGUCCCUGGUCUACGCCAUACAUGCGCCGAGAAUGCAAGUGGCAACUUCAAAUUCUAUGUGGGGAACUUCUUUCGUUUUGAUGAGAAUCUGGAGGGGAAGUUUGACUUCGUCUGGGACGCGGGGGCGAUGUGCGCUGUAGAUGAGAGGGACAGACACAAGUACAUGGAAGCUGUCAGGGGAGUGAUGCAGCCCAAGUGUAUCACGAUGCUGGAGUUCCCCAAGGAAGGAGGUUCAGGGGCUCCCUAUCAUUUCAGUGAAGAGCAGAUGAAAGAGUUAUACGGCGACAUUUGCGACGUGGAGUAUAUGGAUGAGUAUGUGUACGACUUCAGCGAGGCCUUCAGCGGUGACGCUCAGAAAGACGCGAUGCCUCAGGACUUCACAGAAUAUGACGUCAAGGCUUGUCUACAGACCUACUGUCUGCGGAAGAGGAACUAACUGCAGUGGCAGUCUCCACUAUCGCCAUGAAAUACAUCUUGAUUCUUUGAACCGAACACAUACGUUAAAACCAUAUACAGCACCUGGU